AUGGCCGACCAGCAAGAGCCGCCGAUAUGGGUCGACGAGCUCGUCGCGCGCAACGAAGAACUGCUGAAAGCCGUCGCCGAGAACCAAGCUUUAGGGCGACUCGCGGACGCCGUCGCGUACCAGGAGCUCUUCCAACAAAACGUCUUGAAAUUGGCGACGUUCUGCGACCUGUCCAAUGAAGUUUUGGACAGUGGUGACGCGACGCUGGGCGGUGUGGUCAAUCGGCAGGAUGCCACGGUCCAGCAGCGCGUCAGUCAAAUUACGGAUGAGAAGGAGCUCGAGAAUCUCGUCGAGCAGAUCCCCUGCGCGCAAUGUAAAAGAUUGCGAAUCGGAGGGAACAUCUGCCGCGGGUUACCUCCCGAUGGCAAAGGUCAUUUGGCGCCGAAUUGGGACUACCGCGAAGGCCCCGAAGUUGCUGCUGCUGCUCCUUUGGGGAACGCGCGCGACGAGGCGGCCCGGUUGCGGGAGUUCUCGCGGCGGAUGGAGGCGACGUCCGCUCCGCCUCGCGUCGCCAUCCCGGAGGCGCCGUCGGUGCGCCGCCAGGAGACGACGUCCCAGUCGCACCGGCGGCGCUGGUCCGAGGCCGAGAAAGCAUUAUGUGCGCAGGGCAUGGAGCGCUUCGGCGAGAAGGCCCACAAGAAAAUCGCCGAAUUGAUCAAGACGCGGACCGCCGCGCAAGUCCGGACCUACAUCGCCAAACAAAGGAAGGCCGUGGCGAAGCCCCGCGCGCCGGCGCCCGCGGCCCGGGCGCCGGCGCCGGCGGCCCGCGCGCCGGCGCCGGCUGCUCGGGCGCCGGCGUCGCCACCUAGGGCGCGGCCGCCGCCCGGCGCCGCGCCGCUCGGGCCCGCGACGCUGACGCCCGGUGGCUCCGUCGUGCCGGGUAAAUGA